UCCUCGUUUUUAAGCAUUGAUUGUUAGAUUGGGUCUUGACGUCAGUGCCGGGACAGUUAAAGCUAGAUGUUGAGUAUGGCGUGUUAGGCCAAAGUGGGGAGAUAGCUUUUCGUUGAGGACGGUACUGACAGGUGAUCCAGUUGAUAGCCGUUGUGAUGAUGGGGAUUUCUUACUGAAUUAAACCUUGAAGUGGGAGUACAUGAGCUUUUUAAUCCUGAGCAAUUGCUACUGAGUUAGCUUUUACAUUCCUGCUUUUGGUCAAAAUACACUCUAGAGCUAAUGUUGUAUUCCAGCUGGUGGUUUUCCUGCCUGCCCUGUGUCGUAAGAUGGGGGUUCCCUACUGCAUUAUCAAGGGGAAGGCCAGGCUGGGGCGUCUGGUCCACAGGAAGACCUGCACCAGCGUCGCCUUCACACAGGUCAACUCGGAAGACAAAGGAGCUCUGGCAAAGCUGGUGGAAGCCAUCAGGACCAAUUACAAUGACAGAUAUGAUGAGAUCCGCCGCCACUGGGGAGGCAACGUCCUGGGUCCGAAGUCUGUGGCUCGCAUUGCCAAGCUGGAAAAGGCAAAGGCUAAAGAACUGGCCACCAAACUGGGCUGAGUGGAUGCUGUUGAAUUUUCUGUACAUAAAAGUAAUAAAACGUUGUCUUUCAGCCAGUGUCA